AUGACUCAAUUCAACGUAGUAGCACGACUUUCGAAUCACAUGCUGAAGACGAUAUGCUUGUUCAGAAUACUGAGCCUGAUGGACCAGUCUCAAUACCAACAAGGUUGGGAUGGCCUGUCACUUGAAAUGUCCCCGUCUAGCGGAGCGAGAGCUCAGCAAGCACCACCUACCUUCGGAUCUGACGCCAGGAUGGACGAAACAUCCCCUGCAAAGCGUGCUCGUUCAGACGCCAACCAAGUCAAUAUGAGAUCUGAGGUUGUCUUGAGGUCUUCAUCAUCUCCUUCGCCAGUGAAGCACCCUGUUGGAUCCUCAAUACCCACAACACCAUCACCAAGGCCAUCACCGCCUGUUCCGCGUUCUCUCUCGCCAUCCGCUCGCAAGCUCGCCACCCCACAAAACCGAAAACCUACUCCCGAGUCUCACUCUGAACACAACACUUCUACCCCCGAGUCAGACCCGGAAUUUUCAGCUCUUUGGUGGCAGGACUCAGAAAUUAGUGGCCACGAUCCCGAAGAUCCGGAAGAAGACAACCGUGGCGUUAAUGGCAUAGGCUACCAGAAGACCAGGGCCGAACAAUCACGAAUCAGCGCGAAGAAACAGAAGCAGCUGGCCGAGUGGCGGAGCAGGGAAGCGAAAGAGGCGAGAGCGCUGAGGAGUGGGAGGCGAACAGCCUUGCAAGUGGUGAUAGGAGGCCGGGUGACGAAGAGCACGUCGAGGAGUGGAAGUCCGGUGGAGAGGCGGGCGAGUCCAGGAGUUCGAGGGAGGAAAGUGGUAGGAGUAGAUGAGGUGCUGGAGAUGGGAUUGGCGAUGACGCAAGUUGAGACACCAUCGAGGAAAGGUGUCAGGUUUGAGGAGUCAGCAGAGGAUGUUUGA